AUGGGAAGCAUCGAUGCCACAGAGUUGGGUUCAGAGAAGAAACCAAAUCCAGGGAAAGCGACAAUUCUUGCUAUUGGAAAGGCCUUUCCGCAACAGCUAGUAAUGCAAGAGUAUUUGGUUGAUGGCUACUUCAAAACCACCAAUUGUGAUGACCCUGAACUCAAACAGAAGCUUACUCGUCUCUGCAAGACAACAACGGUGAAGACAAGGUAUGUAGUAAUGUCAGAGGAGAUACUAAGAAAGUAUCCAGAACUAGCCAUUGAAGGAGGAUCCACCGUGAAGCAGCGUCUUGACAUAUGCAAUGACGCUGUAACUGAAAUGGCUGUGGAGGCUUCUAGAGCUUGCAUCAAGAACUGGGGCCGUUCUAUUUCCGACAUAACUCACCUUGUCUACGUCUCUUCAAGCGAAGCUCGUCUUCCUGGUGGCGACCUCUACUUAGCCAAAGGGCUUGGUCUCAGCCCCGAGACGCACCGUGUUCAGCUCUACUUCGUGGGAUGCUCUGGUGGCGUUGCGGGUCUCCGUGUGGCCAAAGACAUAGCCGAGAACAACCCGGGGAGUAGAGUCUUGCUCGCCACGUCUGAGACGACCAUCAUUGGGUUUAAACCUCCGAGUGCCGAUAGACCGUAUGAUCUUGUUGGUGUAGCUUUGUUUGGUGAUGGAGCCGGAGCGAUGAUCAUCGGAUCCGAGCCGGAUCUGGUUCUUGAAAAGCCUCUCUAUGAGCUUCACACUGCAAUUCAGAACUUCCUUCCUGGUAAAGCUCUACAAGAUACUUUGCAUUCCACUGUAAACCUAUAUAACUUAACACUACUUUUCCAUGGUGCAGACACGGAGAAGACGAUAGAUGGAAAGCUAACGGAACAAGGGAUAAACUUCACGCUGUCUAGAGAGCUUCCACAGAUAAUAGAAGACAACGUGGAGAGUUUCUGCAAGAAGCUAAUAGGAAAAGCUGGACUGGCUAAUAAAGACUAUAACCAGAUGUUCUGGGCGGUUCAUCCAGGUGGACCGGCGAUCUUGAACCGAUUGGAAAAGCGGCUUAACCUUUCGCCGGAGAAGCUGAGUCCGAGCAGGAGAGCUCUCAUGGACUAUGGCAACGCAAGUAGCAACUCGAUCGUUUAUGUGUUGGAGUAUAUGUUGGAGGAGAACAGGAAAGCCAGGAACAUGAAGGAAGGUGACAACGAGUGGGGUCUGAUUCUGGCUUUUGGACCUGGUGUUACGUUUGAAGGCAUCGUUGCUCGAAACCUUGAUGUCUGA